UUAAUUACAUACGAUGUCGUCGACCAAAAUGGCAUAUUCCAUUAUCCUAAACGUUUUUCUCUGUAUUUGGUCUUCUUCUUCAACCUUCAUUCUCAGAUUUUCCGACAUCCUUCUCUCUCUCUAACCUCAGAUCUCAAAUUUCAAAAAAAAAAAAAAAACCUACCUUUACUCAAUUAAUCAUGGCGAAUUCUGGUAUUCUUCAGACAGAGCAAGAUCAUCUUAUGUUCUCGUCUCUAUUUCACGAUUCAAAAGGUGAAAAUAUUAAGUCUCGGAAAACAGAGAUUGAGAAAAAGAUCGAAUUUCUCGAGAGCUUGUCUGGAAAAGUCAGCAAUAGGAGAUCUCGUAGAUGGGUAAAUGAUCGUUUGUUGAUGGAGCUUGUCCCCCCUUUGGAUGCAGAUGAAAUCAGAGGAUUGUUUGCUCCACCGCCAUGGGGUGAUGAUGUGCCACUUUCACCAUUUUGCAUGACAAAUGUGGGAGAGUGGGAUAAGUUCCGGAAUAUAGACAUGGACAAGCAGGAUUCCAUUAUAGCGUCCCUCGAAGACUCAUGUGGAGAGCGGAGAAGCCAUCUAGAUGCUGAUAAAGUUGCUGUACUGACUGCAUGGCAUAGGGUUGAUUGUAGAACUAGAGAUGCACUUCGUCGUUCUUUUCUUUCAGAAUUGAGUAAUAGCUAUGAGGAACGUGUACGAUCAUUCAUCAAGGGGAGUCAGGAUGGAGAUGUUCUUGUACUACAAGUUCAAGAUCCUUUCCAUCGGUUACUACUGCAUGGUGUUUGUGAGUUCUACAAUUUGUGCUCGACAACGAUCACCCAGUUGGAGGGUUCCAACUCCUUGAAGAUGACUAGGAUAUGCAAGAAGAAAGUAAGUGCAGCCGAGCUUCCAAACAUCACUCUCUCCAACUUCUUGAAGAUGGCAAAAGAAGGGUUUUGGUGAUUCAUUUUGCCAUAAUUCAACCACGUUCUUAGACCAAUCUGUAGAUUAUCUUAAUUUACUUCAAACAAUGUACUAUUAGAACAACCUGUGCAUUAUCUUAAUUUACUCAAAUGGAUGUAAAGAUUUGGCAACUUUGCCAUUUGACCCUUGAAAUAAUACCUCAAUGCGCCGAAAUAUAAAUUGUUCGUACCGUUUUCAACGUAGUGUUUUUCUUCGCACCAACCACUUAUUCGAUGGCCUGUGGGUUUUGAACUUUCGAAUUAGUUUCAGAAUUUAUUGUAAUAUUCUUCAAAUGAUGUCAAUUGCUAUAUUAUGAACUUAUUGGGCGUUUUGCCUUCA